AAAUUAUUUAGGAAUCAAUUUGGUAUUAAUAUAUUUUUGAAUUUAUUCAGGGAGAUGAAUUCAGUUAAUUUAGUUUCCUAUCAUUUAUAUGAUUGGUUAAUAAACCUAAUGUCUUUUAAAAAAAAAAUUUGAUCACAUGAAAUCAUAAAAUUGAUUGAUAACUCUCACUGUUUAUUGAAAAGGGAAUGCAAAACUUCGCAUUCUUUCGUCGUAACUAUCGAAAACAUACUAGUAAUUUUAUAGAAAAACUUUAUAAAUUUUAUUCUACUAAAAUUUCAAAAGCCGAUAUGCAAGCCAACAAUCGUACUUAUGAGGAUGCGAUAAAAUGUUUAAAUUCUCUACAAACAAAUGCUGCUAUAUUACAAGCUAUUCGUGCUUCAGGUGGUCGUUUGAAUGAAAAAAGUUUGCCAGAAUUUAGAGAACUUUGCAGAGUAAUUGGAUACGAUCCUAGUGACUUUAAUCGAUUAAAUGUUAUUCAUAUUACGGGUACAAAAGGAAAAGGUUCAACUAGUGCAUUGGUUGAGUCAAUUUUAAGACAUUAUAAACAAGAUGAAAAUAUAACUCCGAUUCGAACAGGUUUGUAUACUUCGCCCCAUCUUAUUGCCGUACGUGAAAGGAUUUGUUUGAAUGGAAAUAAACUAAGCGAAGAAAAGUUUACGAAAUAUUUUUUUGAAUGCUGGGAUAAAUUUGAUUCAAAUAAAAAGGAAGAUAAUAGUCAAUCUGCCAAGCCGAACUAUUUUAGAUUUCUUACUUUAAUGGCAUUCCAUGUUUUUAUGAACGAAAAUGUUGAUGUAGCUAUAAUGGAAGUUGGAGUCGGAGGAGAAUAUGAUUCAACAAAUAUUAUUGAAAAACCAAUUGUAUGUGGAGUAGCAUCUUUGGGUAUUGAUCAUCAAACAACUUUGGGUGAUACAAUUGAAGCAAUAGCUUGGCAUAAGGGUGGUAUUUUCAAGAGAAAUGUUCCGGCUAUUACGGUUGAACAGCCAACUUCCGCUUUUGAAACAUUAAAGAAACGCGCUAUUGAUAUUAAUGCUCCAUUUAUUCCAAUUAGUUCACUUGAUGAAGAAACACUGGACGGAAUUAAACUUGGAUUAGCAGGAAAGCAUCAAUUUACAAAUGCAUCACUUGCAAUUGAAUUGUGUAGGAUAUGGUUAGAAAAACAAAAAUCUGUUAAAUUAUCCGAAAAAAUUCCUAAAGAAUUUAUUCCAGGAUUAGUUCAAGUUUAUUGGCCUGGAAGAGCGCAAGUAUUAAAAUUACCACAAUAUCAAAGUAUAACCUGGUAUUUUGAUGGAGCUCAUACGUCAGAAAGUGUACAGGCAUGCAUUGAGUGGUUUAAAAGUAGUGUAUUAGAAAAAGAUAAUGAUCUAGUUGAAAGAAUAUUAUUAUUUAAUUGUAUUCAUGGCAGAGAUGGUGUAGAAAUCUUAAAGCAAAUUACAUCAACAAAACCUUUUAUUAAAUUUGAUCAUGCAAUAUUUUGUUCAAAUGUUACUUUUAUUACAAAUCAAUUUAAGCUAGAUUUGCAAAGCAAUUCAGAUACAAUUGAUGAAAAAUUGACAUUACAAAAAAACCUUGCAGAAUCAUGGAGCCAAUUAAAUUCAUCAAUAGAUAAUUAUGAAACUCAUGUAUUUUUAUCAAUUGAAGAAAGUGUGAAAUGGAUUAUAGAAUAUUAUCAACAAACAAAUAGAGAAAUUCAAGUAUUAAUUACUGGAAGUUUACAUCUUGUAGGAGGUGUUAUGGCUGUAUUAAAUAUUGAUGUUUAAUAAAUUCAACUUUAUUUAUUUUUAUAAUAAAAUUACUCUUUACAAGUAU